AUGGACUCGAUUAGUUCGGCAUUGCACUCGUAUGUCCGCGAGUAUGACGUUGCGAAGCUGGCGAGGGACUUGAGGAGGAACACCGUCACGCCUGGCGUGGCCAAUGUGCAGUACCAGGCGGCUGAUUACCUGCAACAGCUGGAGUGUUGUAACCUGCUCUGGGUGAUCAAGGGGCUGUUGAGCGAGCUUUCGGGCAGCACAGGCGAGGAUAUUGUCUUUGACAGUGCGGUGAGCAACUAUAGAAAGGCAAGUUUGAAGAUAAAGGAGCUGGAGACCCUUGUUGGCGGCGAGACAGCAAUAACCACAGAGAUCAAACAGCGAAUAAAGGAGUAUCAGGAGGAUAUCACGGGGGAGAUGAAAACUCGGCUGGGGAAGUAUCUUUCCUUGGGCCCGGACAAAUUUGAAUACAGCAACAAGGUGAACGAUAUGACGUUUGCGGAGUAUCUAAGGUGGAGUUAUGAGUUCUGUCAGCAGAGCGAGCAGGAGUUUCUCCAGUAUUUCGGGCUAGCCAAGCGGUUUGGCGCGGAGUUGGGGCCGAAGCUGGGUUGUUCGGUGGACUUGAAGUACGACGGCGAGCAGAUUGUGCUGACGUUUGGCGAAGAAGUGCCGUUUUCGAAAGGAUUGUCUGGAAUCGAGAAUAUCAUUAAUUUCUUCAACCUGUUCAUGGACCACAACAGAGGCACAGAAAAGUAUCAUUUGGGGUCGAUAAAGCUGGCUGUUGCGAAAGUGUUGCUUGGGUAUUUGAAAAAAGAGAUGUUUGGCUCGCAGAACGUGUACUCGCUGAUUCUGGGCAAGUACGGCGCGGACGAGAGCCGCAGCGUGGGCCAGCUGGAGGUGAUUUCGGCACUGUUAGGCCAGGACGGGUGGACACGCGACGGGAUCUGUGACUUGGAGUUCUGGCUGGACAAUCUGGUGAAUCACUGGGUGGAGACGCUGGUGGACCAGCAAAUCGACAAGAUCAAGGAUCUGGCCACGAGCGGCGGGCUGGAGAAGCUCGAGCUGGAGGAGUUUAUCGAGAAGACGCCGGAGAGUGUGGGGAUUGUGGAGAAGCCCCUAGAGCCGGCAGACGACGAGUGGAACAGUGAGUGGAACGAGGACUGGGACGAGGGUCCGGAGCCGCCGGUCAAGGAGGAGGAGGAGGACGACGACGACGACUGGGACGCAUGGAACGAGGACUGGAAGGAUGAAAAGAACGAUCUGGGCGUCAAGUCCAUUGUUUCCACGAGCAAGUCGUCCAGCACGGUGCAGGUGGUGAAGUAUUCUGGCGUUUGUGGCUGGAUGGAGGAUCUGGUUGCAACGUACUACCAGAACUAUCUGGAGCUGCGUUCGAAAGCACAAAGCCAUUCUUUUGAGGAUGUUGAGGAUGUCUUCAAAGCCAGCAUCAAAAAACUGGUGGUUUGCUUCUAUAUGGUGGCCAGCAAGUCGUACACGAACUGGGUGUCUUUCUACACGGACUACUCGAAAAUUGUGGACAACGUGAUUGCAAAGUACGGCGUCAGGAUGGACACGUGUGUGGACCUGCGCAACAAAGUCCAGCUGCGGCGCACACAGGAGUAUCUGGAAAGUCUGUUCACGGUUAUCCAUCCGCACGAGGCGGUGCUUUUCCACGACAACGGGUUCGACAACCGGCUGCACAAGCGACAUGCCACGGAGCUGGUUGCACAGCUGGGCGACGAGUUUGGCCGCAUCAACAAAGAGCUUGUUGCCGGGCUCGCGGUGAACAGUCUGGUGGUGCAGGAGGUUUCUGGGUCGGUUGCGACGCAGAUCUGCGGUUAUGUGAGUUCGAUGAUCAUUUCGCGCGAUAACAUUGCGUCGGACGAGUCGCAGGUCCUUUCUGAGCUGGUGGCCGGGCUGCUCAAGAUAGUACACGUUCCGGAGUUGGGCGACAUCCACAAACUCAAGAACUACCAGAAACUGGAGCAGGUGAAGCUUCUACUGGACUCUGGUCUGCGGGACAUUCUGGACAGUUUCUACGACGCACGGUACUUUGAGUUGGCGACGGACGAGCUUGUCGGGCUGGUGCGCAGCUUGUUUGUGGACAGUCCGCUGCGACGGAGCGUGAUCGACGAGAUCGAAGAGCUACGUGCUAGCUAA